AUGAUCGCAAGCGGGCGAGUGCCAUUCGAAGCGUACAGUGGGGUGACACGCGUCGGCCCCGUCGAAGGCGACGGCUGCACAUCUUCGUAUUUAUGCGACGCCCCGUCCUCCCAUGACGGUGGCGCAAUAUCACAAUGGCGCGCAGAUUUAUCCGCGGCCGCGACGGCCGUUCGCACGCGGAAACCGCUCGCUUAUUUACCGCUGCGGAGU